AUGGACGACAUAUUGCAUGAAAUUUUUCCCCGGGCCAGUGAUGAUGGCCAUGAGCGUGGCCAGCGAGCACUAGUUGUGACAGCAGUCUUGACUGGCAUUGCUGCGCUCAUCGUCGGCAUGAGAUUAUUCGCUCGGUUGGGUUUGAUGAAGAUCACAGGCCGUGAAGACUGGAGCGUUCUUAUUGCCUUGAUAUUCUCCAUCAUAUACCUUUCACUGGUCGCUGCCCAAUAUCAUUAUAAAAUGGGUACUCACUCGACACUACUCUCUUCUGACGUGCUUCAGAAUCAGCUAAAGUGUCUCUGGGCCGCUAUUCCUAUGUACAACGCCAGCCUGGCCUUCACCAAAUUCUCCAUUCUUCUGCAAUAUAUCCGCAUUUUCCCCGCUCGCUCCUUUCGUCUCGCCUGCUAUAUUGUGAUGGCAGUUGUUGCAACAUACUCAGCCUGGGCCAUUGUCAGCGGCUACGUGAACUGUGUACCAGUCGCCAAGUUCUGGAACCACGACUUGCCUGGUCAUUGCCUGAAUUUUGAAGCUGUUUGGUUCUUCAAUGCGUCGAUGAACAUUGCUACCGAUGUGAUACUAUUGGCACUUCCUAUGCCGCAACUUUUGAACCUCCAAUUGCCAAAAACCCAGAAGAUUGCACUGAUGGGAGUCUUCGCGAUCGGUAUUCUUGUUGUUGUUACAAGUAUUCUACGCCUUUCUAGUCUACGCAACGUGGCUCAGAGCACCGAUACAUCUUACAGCAAUGUCGAUGCCGCGUACUGGACUGCGGCCGAGUGCAAUGUUGCAAUCAUUUGUGCCUGUCUGCCUUUCCUUCGACCUAUUAUCAGCAGUAUCUUCCCCAAGCUACUUUCAACGAACAGCUAUAACCGAUACACCACAAAUCCACGCACGGGCAACACUCGCAACACCCGCAACUUCACAGCAUCUCGCUCACAAAGACAACAUACCGACCUUUUCAGCCAAAACAUGGAUAAGGAUUUCGAUAUGUAUUCGAUCAAUGUCGAACAGGGAAAACGUUCUAGCAACAGCUCAUUUGGUGGGAUUGAAGUUACCACCGAGAUGACUGUCAUGCAAGAAACUAAAGUGGGGGAGACCGUCAGCGAGCGACGACUGGUUAUCGAAACCCCUCCUCCUUCAUGA